CUGGCGGCCCGCACCCCUCCCCCAUGAUCCCCUGCACAGACAGGCCCACGUGUGUCCCUAGAUGCCUGAAUCACUGCUGACGGCUGGGGACCUGGCCACCGUGGGCUCCUGGGGAGCCACUGGGGAGGGGGCGGUGGCUGCAUCUCGCCUCCAGGGGAACACCUGCGGACAUAAAUAGGCAGCCAGCAGAGGCAGCAGCACAGAGCCACCAAGCAGCGCUGCAUACGGGUUCCACCUGUGUGCACCAGGAUGCCCGACACCAUGCUGCCCGCCUGCUUCCUCGGCCUACUGGCCUUCUCCUCCGCAUGCUACUUCCAGAACUGCCCGAGGGGCGGCAAGAGGGCCAUGUCCGACCUGGAGCUGAGACAGUGCCUCCCCUGCGGCCCCGGGGGCAAAGGUCGUUGCUUCGGGCCGAGCAUCUGCUGCGCGGACGAGCUGGGCUGCUUUGUGGGCACAGCCGAGGCGCUGCGCUGCCAGGAGGAGAACUACCUGCCGUCGCCCUGCCAGUCCGGCCAGAAGGCGUGCGGGAGCGGGGGCCGCUGCGCCGCCUUCGGCAUAUGCUGCAACGACGAGAGCUGCACGACGGAGCCCGACUGCCGCGAGGGCUUUCACCGCCGCGCCCGCGCCAGCGACCGGAGCAACGCCACGCAGCUAGACGGGCCGGCCGGGGCCUUGCUGCUGCGGCUGGUGCAGCUGGCCGGGGCGCCCGAGCCCUUCGAGCCCGCCCCGCCCGGCGUCUACUGAGCCCCCCGCCCGCCCUACCGGCGCGCUGUCUGCGCCCGCCCCUACAGCACGGACAAUAAACCUCUGAAAAUGCA